CGAUCCUUAAGAGUGAACUAAGUGCCGGGUGAUAACAUUACAUGAAAGCAUGAUACAUGCCGCAAGAUUUGCUUUAGUCUAUUGAGAGAUGGUGAAUUAACGCUUAAUAAUUCUCAUUGAAGUAUAAAAUAGUAAGCGUGUGAGUCGCUGUAAAUCUGUUUAUGUAUUAUGUAUUAUUUAUGCACUUUUCUAUUAAAACCUGCCAGAAUUGUGGACUACAAUAACGAAUUUUUUAUACAUAAAGAAAAGUAUUAUAUAAACCAAGUACUUGACAUCAAAAAUCAUUCAACUUUGUAAUGUAAUAUUGCAACGUAUGUAUUCAUUUAGUGACAUAGAAACAAUUUUCAUGCAAGAUUUUGUAUCGUAAAAUAAUUGUGGAAGUAUAGAUAGAAAAUAUAAACCAGUUUUGUAAGAAUAUACAUCUUACAAGCUAUAUUGAAAUCUGUUUUAUCAUCAUUAAAGUAAAUAUAUAAAAAGACUAGUUCGCAAUCAUGCCUCUGAUCCGUCAAGAUGGUAAAGACACUAUAAUUUUUGCAUCUAAAGAAGAUCAUGCAUCACCUUGUACGAUCGAACUUCCAGAACCAGAACCAAGUCCUGGAUUAAUAUUACCGAAUGGAGAAAUAAAUUGGAAUUGCCCGUGUUUAGGUGGCAUGGCAACUGGUCCUUGUGGUUUAGAGUUUCGUGAAGCUUUUUCAUGUUUUCAUUAUUCUACUGUCGAUCCAAAAGGUGCUGACUGCCGUGAGCAAUUUACAACUAUGCAAAUAUGUAUGUCAGAUUAUCCUGAAUUAUAUGGUAGUAAAGAAUCUGAAGAUGAUACGAAUCAAGCAUCGAACUCUGGAAUGUCGGAUGUAAAAGACAUUGCUAUAGAAAGCAAGGAUAAAGCUAAAAAAGAAACAAACGAAGGAAGUUGACUGAAAAGAAAAAGAUAAAAUAUUUCCAGUAGAAAAGAAGGGAUGGAAUAUGUUGCAAUAAAAUAAAAUCCAUGCAUUGAGCAUUUUACAGUACAGAUUAUCUUAUUCUUUAUUGUUAUUAUAGCUAUUGAAAAGGGAAUGGAAAGCAAGUUGAUGCAGACUUAAUAGUCUAAUAAUGUAUACAUUUGUGGAGCAUAUGAGCAAAAUAUAUGUAUGUCACCUUUACCUUUUUGCUUCUUUAACGUUUGUACAGAAUUGUUCAGAAGCAUAAUAACAAUUAACAAGAUAAAGAAUGUAUCUGCGAAAUGCAAUUUGAUAUUGCACGAUUCUCCUCAUAAAGUUUAAUAUUUAUGUUUUUUUUUAGAAAUGAAUUUAGCAUAGUUUUACAUAAAUUUCUAUGGAUAAUCCGUACCAAUAAUUUGUGUUUGAUUCAAUAAAAUUAAAACAAUUUUAA